GACAACUGUUAGGUUGAAGUCGAAGUCCGACUCGAACCACAAACACCCCACAUACUAAUCCCUAUACCAUGACGCAGAGCAUCCAGUGACUCGCAUUCAUAAUACGUUGGAUGCAUGACAUUAUCAUUUUAUCAUUGGCAAUAUAAGCCAUGAGCUUAUCCGCACUGCCAAUUUAACAGCUCGAAGGUUCGUCAUUCGGAGCACCGUGACGGGGAAAAGCGUGAUCACUCCUAAGGCUAUAAGUAGCCCAGUGUAGCCUACUGUGCUCAGGUUGACCGUUAUCGUUUGCACUUCUUCACAACUCCCUCGUAAUGCCAUCCACAUUCAUCAAGACUUUCGACACCCCUGCGUACAAGGGGACUGUUACGAUCCCUCUAGGUCUCUACAUAAACGGAGAGUUCGUCGACCCUGUUGAGGGUGGCACAAUCGAUGUUGUCAAUCCUGCAACGGGCAAGGUGGUCACUUCCAUCGCAGCCGGGACGAAAGCCGAUAUAGACAUUGCUGCGAAGGCAGCGAAGAAAGCCUACAAGUCUUCAUGGGGCCUGAAAGUUCCUGGAGCUCAGCGCGGAAAGCUCAUGUCGAAGCUCGCCGUUUUGAUGGAGGAACAUAUUGCGGAGUUCGCCGCUCUCGAUGCCCUUGCCAAUGGAAAGGCUUACAAUACCGCGUACAGUCGAGACAACAAAGGAGCGAUUGCAGUCAUGGAAUACUAUGCUGGCUGGGCUGACAAGAUCAAUGGGAAGACUAUCGAGACCAACGAAAACAAACUAGCUUAUACCAGACAUGAACCCAUCGGUGUUGUGGGUCAAAUUAUUCCAUGGAAUGUUCCGAUGUUCUCUCUUUCUCUCAAGAUCGCUCCUGCGCUGGCCACCGGCAAUACUAUCGUCCUGAAGCCUUCUGAACUUACUCCGCUUUCUGCUCUUCUCUUCUGUACCCUGAUCGAGGAGGCGGGCUUCCCUCCAGGUGUCAUCAACAUCGUGAACGGAUAUGGUCCAACAGCAGGACAAGCAAUCUCCGAGCACCCUCUUAUCGAGAAAGUUGCUUUCACUGGUAGCACUCUGACGGGGCGGAAAAUUAUGGAGGCUGCUGCGAAGAGCAACCUGAAACCUGUCACCCUCGAGCUUGGCGGAAAGAGCCCGAAUGUCAUCUUCGAUGACGCCGACCUGGAGCAAGCAGUCAAGUGGGCGAUUCACGGUAUCUACUUUAACCACGGCCAGAAUUGUUCUGCAGGUUCCCGUAUAUUUGUUCAAGAGGGCAUAUACGACAAGUUUUUGGACCAGUUCACAGAGCAGGCACGCGCGAUCAAGGUUGGCGAUCCCUUUUCACCCGACACGUACCAAGGGCCACAGGUGUCCAAGACUCAGUUCGAGCGCAUCAUGGGAUACAUCACCUCCGGCAAGAACGAUGGUGCUACAGUACACCUCGGUGGCAAGCAGGUUGGCCAAGAGGGAUACUUCAUCGAGCCAACGAUUUUCACGGAGUGCCAGCCCAAUAUGAAAAUCGUCAGAGAGGAGAUAUUUGGGCCCGUCGCGUGCGUCUUGAAGUUCAAGACCGAAGAUGAGGUUGUUGAACAGGCUAAUGAUACAUCAUAUGGACUUGCGGCAUCGGUGUUCACUAAGGAUAUCGACAGAGCAAUCCGCGUUGCGCACGCUCUCGAAGCCGGCACUGCAUGGAUAAACUGCGCCAACCAGACUGAAAUAUCAAUGCCAUUUGGAGGCUUCAAGCAGUCGGGAAUUGGACGUGAACUGAGCGAGUAUGCUUUGGAAAACUAUACGAACGUUAAAGCCGUUCAUGUCAACAUUGGCAUUCGAUUGUGAUCGUUUAGGACUCUCGCAUCUUGUAUCAUUAGUACAAAUAUCAUGCAUACAUCCACUAACCAAAGGCGGGCUGGAGAAAACUGAUUUGAUCUCUGGCCAGGGUUUCUUCAUGGAUGUGUUUUUUUCGUACCACAAUAGCAAUGCAAGUAAGAGACUGCUAACACAUGUGCGGUAUAUUAAUACGGAAUGAUACUUGUCCGAG